AGGUGGGAGCUUCCCUACCUCUGGAGUUUGCCUUACUUACUCUAAGGCCAGAAUUCUAGCCACUGCACCUAGCUGCCCCACAAAAAGGCACCUUCAACAGCAAAUUAACUUGGAUCUUUUCUAAACCAACUACCAUUUAAUGGCAUUCUUUAUUAGCCAGGUAUUCAAGAACAAAGGACACUUACUCCCUACUUCCAUUAGCUACAUCAAGCUAAAGAUUCUGAGAAACUUUAAAUUUCUAAAAAGAAACUUAUGUUUAAUUCUGUUAAUAGUCAUUUUUAGAAAUGACUGAUAAAUUGUAACACACACACACACACACACACACACACACACACACACACACACACACACACACACACACACCACUUAAGAAAACUCACAAUGUGCCCAACUCGAUAUACAAACUUGUAGAUGUGAUUUUGGGACCAAAGGUCCCCAGGAGAAAAGAAAGAAGAGGGGAAAGGUAUGGAAUAUUAAAUAUGCUUUCAGAUAAGGCCACACCACACACACACACACAAGAUUAAAAAAAAAAACCGCUCAGAUACAAUACGGAUAACCCAAGUACAGUGAAGUUACAAGUUUCAUGGAACGGUCCAAGGCUGGGAGUACUUUAAAAGAUUGGCGGGCUCAGUGCCACCCCUUCCAUUACUGGCAGCAAUUCUGAGAAAUUCUGGGCGUCGCCCAUUCGCCCUCGGAAGCGCCCUCUCUACUUCGGGGUACAUAGCAAGGGAACUUGCCUCUGGGUGCAACAGUCAGACCUCUCUUGGCAGAGGUCCUAUCCAUCAGUCAAUCUAAAUCUGGAGGUGGCAGUCUUAGGUGCAGGGAGUUACGCAGGCGAAAGUUGACCCCAAGUGACUUUCAACGGCCCGUCUCUCCUCCAGAAGCAGUUCUGGCCACUCCCCGCCCCAGUAUCUCCCGCCCACUUAGGCAGCGGAAGCCUCUUAAGCCCCUGUCUCCCCUUCUCCAUCCAUCUUCAGCAGCUCGCUUCCCGGGGCUACGAGAGGCAAACAGCUCGGCCCUCGAGCCGGCUUGCAGCCGCUGUUUGCUUGUUUCUUAUCUGCAGGCUUCUCCCCAUGCCACCCCACCCGCAGUUUGUGCUAUAGCAUAAAUUAGAAUUCCACAUAAAAUUGCUGAUCUCCAAAAGGGAAUCGAGACAAACAGAUUUGGACUACAACCUCUUAGAAGAUUAUUCAUUUUACCAGAAAAAGUUAAAGAUGCAAAAGUGGACCCUCUUGGUGUAUAAGGUCAUCACAUUGCUAUUCUGGACAUCCUGGGGUUAUCCAAAUGGAACUAACAGCCUGGACAGCAACUCUAUAAAAUCUUUCAAUGAAUCUUUUGACCUUCUACACUCUGGGAUCCCUUAUAACAUCUCUGUUUCACAAAGGACUUUUAAUCCACAUGAUGAAAUCACAGUAAUGCUACAAGUUACCAACAACACUGAAUUCAAAGGAUUCCUGCUUCAAGCCCAGGGCCCUGAUGGAACCGUUCCUUAUGGUAGUUUCCGAAUCACAGAUAGAAACACACGAGGCCUCUCAAAUGGAAAUACUGAGAACUCUUUGGUAAGUCACAAGGACAGCAAUAAUAAGAAGUUAGUCCAAACAACUUGGAUAGCACCUCCUGAAAGUGGAAAUAUUCAGUUCAGAGCAACUGUGUUUCAAGAUUUGGAUGAACCUGGAGUUAAUAUUAAAAGCCAGACUCUCCAAGCUUUGACCAGAUCAUUUAAGGCUUUACAAUCAAUGAAUUCCAGGGACUGUGGUAAAAGCAAGUUUUGUUUCAGAAGUCCAGCGAAAUGUGAUCCCACAGACACAAAUUGUUUGUUCAUGUCUCUUGAGUUUCUGGGUAAUCAAAGUUUCAGAUGUGAAAUGAGCGGUCUUUCUGCUGGCUAUGUCGCCAUUGGGUUUUCCACUGAUACUUUAAUGGGGAAUGAUGAUGUUUAUAUAUGCUUGCUGAAUGACAAUGGAGAAGUGGUAGUACAGUAUGGCUACACGACUGGACGAAGACCUCCAACUAUUAACCCCCUGGGUGAAGUGAGAAAUAUAGAGACAUCUUUCAUCAAUGGGGUCAUCAAAUGCAGUUUCAUCACCAGCAAUCCCAUAUCAAUUGAACAAAAUAAUUCUGAUAAUCUCUAUUAUAUUUUUCUGGCUUUGGGACCAACUCAGAAUGGAAGUAUACGGAAACAUACCACAACUCCUUUAGUAACAACUCAGAAAGUAGAUAUUUUCAAACCAAUAGAUGCAAGUGGAACCUCCUCACCUACACCAGUUCUUAUUAAAGUUCAUGGUUCUAUCAUGCUUAUCUCCUGGAUGGUAAUAGGAAAUGUAGGCAUGGUCUUUGCCCGAUUCUGGAAAGGUGUGAUGGUAAAACAAGUUCUUGGCAAAGAGCUCUGGUUUCAGGUCCACAGAUCUCUGAUGACAUUGACAGUGGUAUUUGUCAUGAUAGCCUUUAUACUGCCCUUUAUACACGUCCAAGGAUGGAGCGGCAAUUGGCCUCAUCCUAUUUUGGGUUGUAUUGUGAUGGUACUGGCUUUCCUUCAACCAGUGAUUGCUCUCUUUCGACCUCCACCUCACCAUAAAAGGAGAAUUAUCUUUAAUUGGUUCCAUGCUGUAACUGCUUUUGCAUUAAGGAUUUUAUCAGAUGUUACUAUGUUGCUAGGAUUCAAGAUCAUUGAUCCAUCUCCCGAUAUAUGGAUGGAAAAAGUGAUGGGAGGGUUAGUCGGCUGGGGGAUACUAAGAGAUGUGAUAUUUCAUGCAAAUGCUUAUUUUUGGAGGAAAGAUGGUGAUGAAAAUCCAAAAGGAAAGAUAAAGAAUGAAAAAAUACUGCUGAUAGUUUACAUGUGUGGAAACUUCAUAUUUAUAAUAACCCUGCUGGUUGGAAUUGGACAGUCCUAGAGAAAGGAUCUUUGUCCAUUUUUUACUAAAUGAAAAUCACUGUCAUGUCGACUGAUUUUUCUACAUAAUAAAAACUAGGAAAAUAAUGCAUUUCAAACAGUUGGAAUAGAA